AUGGUGUUCUGGUUCGGGGUUACGAAGUCGGACAGUGCAGUUCCACUACAAGGAAAAGGGCCAAUCGAAUCUAUGGAGCAAAAGGAGCCCGGCAGCGACUGGCUACGCGGACAGCUGUUCCAUUUGACCCAGAAGCAAGAGUGCACUCUCCACGAAUUCAAGCAUCUUUGUAAGCUCAAAGGGCUUUGCGUACCCGACGACGGAACAGACCAAGAUGAAGAGGAAUUUGAUAAUGCGAUGCUCUUGCGCUUCCUCCGGGCAAAUAAGUUCCAACUCCACGACGCGGUAGAUCAAUUCCAAGCAGUCAGCCGGGCGCGAGCGGAACAUGAAAUCGAGGCUGUUUACAGACGCAUGGAUGUGGAUUGUUAUGAGGAGUCAAGAAAAAUGUUCGCGCAGUGGACAGGCCGACGAGAUCAUCGCGGUCUUCCAGUUUAUGUUUUCCCCCUUCAAUACCUGACCAAGGAGAAGAUGGACGCCUAUAUAUCCAAGAUGUCUUCAUCAUCCUCUGCGUCAGGACAAAUACCCGGCCCUCUCGUGGCCUUCCACGCCUUGUACGAGAACUUGUUACAUUUCGUGCUGCCACUCUGCAGCCGCCUCCCCCGACCACACCCAGAGGUUCCCAUCACAGCCUCCACCCAUAUAAUCGACAUGACGGGGCUGACAUUGAAACAAUUCCUCGAUAUAAAACGGUAUUUGCAAGCCGCCAGUGAAUUAGCAACUGCUCACUACCCCGAGACGCUCGGGCGUGUCUUUAUUAUAGGCGCACCGCCAGCGCUCCGAGUCGCAUGGCGAUUCGUCAAGCAGUGGCUAGAUCCGGAGACUCUGUCGAAAAUAUGUAUCUUUUCGCCGGCGGAAAUGCAACAGCGCUGCCUUUUCAAGUACAUGCCUGAGACAAGUAUCCCAGUGGAAUAUGGAGGUACGCUGGAUUGGAAAUGGGGGGAUAUGCCGGUGUUGGAUGAGCCCGGGAGGGCGUUAGCGGGGGGAUUAUAUAGUUUUCAGAAGGUUGGUGGUAGUCAGACCGAAGUAUUCGUUGAGGGGCCGGUUGUAUGGUCGAGAGGAGGCGGGAUGGAAGUGGUGGGAACGGUGGAGGGGAGGAGAAGAGAGCGGGUCAUACCUCUUGGGGACAAGGGGCAUCUGAGCAAUGAUUGA